GGAAGAAAAAGGAGCCGAGCAGAGAAGAAGUGUGGAGAAGAACCUCCAAGAAGAAGCCAUAAAGUGUCUUUAUAGGCUCACACCUACACUGCGGCAUGUUUGAGGAGCAGGCCACCAAGGUCAAGAUCACCUCCGUGGUCAUCGUGGUGGGCAUGUCGGCAAUGCUGGCCGCCGUUGUAACCGACCACUGGGCAGUGCUGAGCCCCCGUGUGGACAAGUUCAACGCCACCUGCGAGGCGGCCCAUUUUGGCCUCUGGAGGCUGUGCAAAAAAAGCAUCUUCAUCGUGGAGGAGGACCCCCAGGGCAAAGGCUGUGGACCCAUCAGCUUACCUGGAGCCAAAAACUGCUCCUACUUCAAACACUUUACAUCAGGAGAAGAAGCUGAAGUUUUUGAAGUGAAGACCCAGAAGGAGUACAACAUCUCUGCAGCGGCCAUCGCCAUUUUCAGUCUGUUCUUCAUGAUCUUGGGAACGCUCUGUGUCAUCUUCUCCUUCGGGAAGGGGCGGGACUAUCUGCUACGUCCUGCUGGAAUGUUCUUUGCCUUUGCAGGUCUCUGCAUCAUCAUCUCUGUAGAAGUUAUGCGACAGUCCGUCAAGCGUAUGAUAGACAGCGAUGAGACCAUCUGGAUUGAGUACUACUACUCAUGGUCCUUCACCUGCGCCUGCGCCUCCUUCACUCUCCUCAUCCUCAGCGGAGUGGCACUCCUCCUUAUCUCUAUGCCCCACAUGCCCAGAAACCCCUGGGAGACCUGCAUGGAUGCUGAACCUGACACCUUAGAUUAGCUUUACACCUGCACAAAGGAGGCUCACGGCAUACAAGUUGCAUGAUUCCACGUGUCCUCUUGAAAAGUUACUUGGACAUUUGGACACCAAAAAAAUUGGGCAGUACAAUACAGGGAUGACCAGCACAUUGAAAACACUUAGAACGUGGUAUAUAGCAACGUAUCGGUUGCUGUAUAUUUUGGACCAACGUAGCAUUUGGGAAUAAAUGUUGACUAUACAAAUGUUCCAGUUGCAAUAUUACAAGAAAAUCUAAGAUUUUUGGAUUUUCAUACAUCGUGCAUGAAUCACAUCAUGUUAAUUUUCAAUCUUACAUUUUUGUCAUACAGUAUA